AUGGCGGUGCACGACCGCGCGUUUUUUUAUCAUUCCGUGACUGAGAAGGCGAUCAGAGGUGUGGUCAAAAUUGUCCGCACCGCCUAUGCUGACCCGAGUUCAGAUGACCCUCGCUGGGUUUGCGUGGAUGUUAAAACAGUCAAAUCAUUUACGACGCCGGUGACGCUGGCGCAGAUCAAGGCGGCCCCUGAUCUGAGCCAGAUUUCACUUUUGCGUCAGUCACGUCUCUCUGUCGCGCCGAUCAGUUUGCAGGAGUGGCAGGUUAUCUGCAAAAUGGGUGGCGUUGAACCGUAA